UUGUAAAUAUGGGAAAUCAAUAAUGGACUGCGCAUGUGCCAUAUAUUUUGACAGAAAGUGGCACCACUUGUAAAUAAACACAUUUAGCACAACUGCACACCGGUUGGUGAGAUCGGGUGUGCCUUCGAUUCCAGGAGACGAUGAGGGAGCCGUCAUCCAGCGAGGAGGAAUCGGAGAACGAAACAAACGACGACGAAAACUCGGACAUCCUAAGUAUUCAUAACAAUGUUGACCAAAAGAGUUUGUCCGCCAGUGGUGAAAACCUUAGUGUUGUAAGUCAUGGACGGGGCCCUCCCCGGCCUGCGAGCCCCUCCCCCUCCCUCAUCAGUGACAGGGAGAAGGCAAUCGAGGACACGGAAAAACUGGAGAGAGAGGAAGAAGAAAGGAAAAAGCGUUUGCAACUGUAUGUGUUUGUAAUGAGAUGUAUAGCGUAUCCGUUCAAUGCUAAACAGCCCACAGAUAUGGCAAGAAGGCAAACCAAAGUCACAAAACAGCAGCUACAAACUAUUAAGGAGAGAUUUGUGGCGUUUCUAAACGGAGAGACUAGUAUAGUGGCUGAUGAAGCAUUUACAAACGCUGUUCAAAGUUAUUACGAAGUGUUCCUAAAGAGUGAUAGAGUUGCAACCAUGGUUAAAAGUGGUGGUUGCUCUGCAAAUGAUUUUAGAGAAGUGUUCAAAAAUAAUAUAGAAAAGAGGGUAAGGAGCUUACCAGAAAUAGACGGAUUAAGUAAAGAAACUGUUUUAAGUUCAUGGAUGACAAAAUUUGAUGCAAUUUUUCGCGGAGAGGAAGAUCCACGAAAGCAGCCACAACGCAUGUCUACAGCAGCAUCAGAGUUAAUUCUUAGCAAGGAACAAUUAUAUGAGAUGUUUCAGAAUAUACUUGGUGUCAAGAAAUACGAGCAUCAGAUUUUGUAUAAUGCAUGUCAGUUAGACAAUGCAGAUGAACAGGCAGCCCAGGUUCGCAGGGAGUUGGACAGGCGUCUUCAGCUAACAGAGCAAAUGUCAAGGAUGAGGAAGCACCCUAAGUUUGUGGUGAAGGAGAUGGAGAGCAUGUAUAUGGAUGAGCUGAAGUCGGCCAUUAACCUGCUGAUGGCUAACCUGGAGAGUUUACCCGUGUCUAAAGGAAGCACCGACUCCACCAUCUCACGGCUCCAGAAACUCAAACGCUACAACAGGGCUCAGCACUCCUCCCUGUCGAAGAUGGACAUCAAUGAUGAGACAGACUCCGGCCUGUCCAAGCUGGAUGUUGUUCUCUCCUUCACACUGGAGGUUCAUGUGGUAGAGGUGAAGGGACUUAAGUCUUUGGCCAACAACAAGAUUGUGUACUGUACGAUGGAAGUGGAGGGAGGAGAGAAGCUACAAACCGACCAGGCAGAGGCUUCAAAACCAAGCUGGGACACUCAGGGAGACUUUACCACCACUCACCCACUUCCUGUGGUCAAGGUCAAACUGUACACAGAGAGUUCAGGCAUGCUCAGUCUGGAGGACAAGGAACUUGGAAAGGUGGUGAUACCUGUGACCGCCAGCAGUAGCCGUCAGCCUGAGUGGUACCGCAUGCACACCACCAAGAACUGCCAAGACGACCUCAAGAUCAAGAUAGCGGUCAGAAUGGACAAACCACAGAACAUGAAGCAUUGUGGGUACUUGUACGGACUUGGCAAAAAGGUGUGGAAGAAAUACAAGAAGAGAUAUUUUGUUCUGGUGCAGGUUUCUCAGUACACCUUUGCCAUGUGUAGUUACCGGGAGAAGAAACCGGACCCCACAGAAAUGAUGCAGUUAGAUGGAUUCACCGUGGACUACUGCGAACAAGUCCCAGAUGCAGAGGGCUUUGGUGGGAAGUACUUCUUUAAUUGUGUGAAGGAAGGAGACAACGUGACCUUCGCUACUGACGAUGAGAAUGAGAGGACCCUGUGGGUGCAGGCUAUUUACAGAGCCACCGGUCAGACCCACAAACCCGUGCCCCCUGUGGUACAGACCAACAAGAUAUCCAACACACAGAUCUCACGCAUGCAAGGAGAUGCUGACCGGGCGCGUAAGCACGGCCUGGACGAGUUUGUACAGGCGAACCCUGUGAUGUUUGACCACCACGACCUAUUUAACAUGCUGCAGACCCUGACUCUGGACUACCGGCUCAACGACGCCUACACCUGUCUGGGCUGGUUCAGUCCCGGUCAGGUGUUUGUGCUGGACGAGUAUUGUGCGAGGUAUGGGGUCCGGGGCUGCCACAGACACCUUUGUUACCUGAACGACCUUCUAGAGCGGGCCGAGGGGGGCAUCAUGAUAGACCCCACCCUCAUCCACUACAGCUUCGCCUUCUGCGCCUCACAUGUUCACGGAAACAGUUAUGAGGUCAAAAUUAAGUUAAAGCGGGGAAAGAGACCAGACGGCAUAGGGACAGUUUUACUGAAGGAGAAGUUACAGUUUGAUGAGAUCAAGGAACGACUGAGGAUACUACUGGAGAACCAGAUCACACACUUCAGGUACUGCUUUCCAUUCGGAAGACCAGAGGGAGCCCUUAAGGCCACACUGUCACUGCUGGAGAGGGUUUUGAUGAAGGACAUUGUAACCCCUGUUCCACCUGAAGAAGUCAGAAAUGUCAUCAAAAAGUGUCUCGAAAAUGCAGCUCUUGUGAAUUACACACGGAUCUCCGAAUAUGCCAAGAUUGAAGGGUCAGGAUCAACGGAUUCAUACAAUGAGGAAGUGUCACCAAAGAAACGAUUGGAUGAUGUGAUUCACCUGGCGGAACUCUGUAUCGAAGUCUUACAGCAAAACGAGGAACAUCAUGCUGAGAAAAGUAAAACAAAAAAUAUACAUCAAGCGUUUGCGUGGUUCAGUGAUCUACUGGUGGAGCAUGCAGAGAUAUUCUGGUCAUUGUUCGCGGUGGACAUGGAUUCGACGCUGGAGAUGCAGCCCCCAGACACCUGGGAUAGCUUCCCACUGUUCCAGCUCCUGAACGAUUACCUCAGAAAUGAUGAGAACCUAUCCAGUGGGAAGUUCCACCAACACCUGCGGAUGGUGUUUGCCCCUCAGGUGGUGCGCUAUGUGGAUCUGAUGGAGUCCUCCAUCGCUCAGUCCAUCCACAAGGGCUUCGAGCGUGAACGCUGGGAACCACAAGGAAAUGGUUGUGCGACGUCUGAGGACAUGCUGUGGAAGCUGGACGCCCUACAGAGCUUUAUCCGCGAGCUUCACUGGCCCGACGAAAUGUUCGCCGACCACCUCGACCAUCGCCUCAAACUGAUGGCUGCUGAUAUGAUCGAGGCAGCUGCCAAAAGAACCCUGAAGUCAUUUGAGGCGUGGCUGAGGAAGGGAGGGAAAGGGACCGACUAUCUCCUGUAUCCGGAGAUGGCGGUAAUGAUGAAUGUCAUCAUAGACUGCAAAAACAGGGCCUUGCAUUUGUGUGCACUUGACAGUGGAGAAAAUAUGACACUUAUAGAAAAUUCGCACCAGUACCAUACCAAAAUAGAGGAUUUUCUGGAUAGGAUACAAGUUCAGAUGGUCAAAUGUUUGAUAGAAAAGCUGUUGUCAGUACUGGAGUCAGUGCUGAGUAAACUUGCCAGAUAUGAUGAGGGAACAUUCUUUUCUUCAAUAUUAUCACUAACAAAACCAGUGAAUGAGCUGGGCAAAGCUUAUGUUGAUUUCAUGAGAGGAAAUCUGGACAUUCUGAGGCAGAAAAUUGCAGACGAAUUAUUUACUCUCUCUAUAUUUGAGCAAUGGUAUACAGGUCAGAUGAAGAUGAUCUGCGAUUGGUUGUCUGACCGGCUGGACCUGAGUCUCCACCCCUACCAGUUAACCUGUGUCAUGACCAUCAACAGGAAAUGUUUCUCUGACUUUGAGCUGCAAGGAGUCCCAGAGAAUGCACUCAAUGCCAAAACCUACCAGACCAUCUGUAGCAGACUACAGGUUGAGGAGGCCACACAAUCUGUAACACAGUCAGAGAACAGUAGUAAGACUUCAAGAUUCCUGGGAGGUGGGGGUAGCUCCAUGGGGGGAGCCAGCAGUGGUACCGGGAGCCAGGCCAGUGGGGACGAGUCUGACUGAGGGAGAGGCGGGGUUUUUAUGUUGGAGGGAUGGAG